CUUAGACUUCGAAAGACCUGCAAUUGUCUAGUCAAAAGGUUUAAUUUGCAUUUCAAAAAGAGAUAAUUGGACAAACCUCCCCUGAGGUUUGCCUUAAUAUCACUUAGCUCUCUCGUGGUUUCAAAAAUCUCUCCUAUACCUCCCCUUGAUUGACAUAUUUUGUAGCAUUAUCAACUCUUGUGCGUUUAAAUAUUCAUAAAAGAUGAGAGAUAACGAUUUUCUUCCAUUUGUACCCAUUUGUUGUCCUUUUUAUAUAUAUUAGAGCAGCAUUUAAGACCAAAAUAAACCUAAUGGGGAAAACACAAAUUGCGAGUGAAGUAAGUGCAAUAAAGAGAAGUUGCAGCAUAUAAGUAGUUUUACAAGUUUGCAAUGACUAGUACUCCAACUCUAAGAUUAUAAAGGCAGCAAGACAACAAAAUAAGAAAUACAAGUUAACGCACAAUGAGCAAUUCCAAAUAGAGGAAAUUAGUAGAAGAUAUUGUAACAAAUCGUAACAAGUUCUAACAUUCAAAGGGGCUCUUAUAAUUCACCAACAUCAUUUAAUAUAAAGAAUUUAUAUUAUGGUUACAACAGGAAAGCGACAACCAAGAUUUCAGAGAAUGAAAGAAAUCCAAAUGAGCUAUAUUUGCCUCUAAUGUCUGUUUGAUGUGUUAGGUAAUAGUAAUGUCAGAAAUUCUCUGUCUUUUAUUGCUACAAGGAAAAAAAAGUUGUUAUUAUAAUUAGUUUUGUUAAUUGUGUCUUGAUUUUUUUACUCUCCAAAUUCGUUUUCUUCUGUGCAAAUUUUAAUUAAUCAAUUAGGGGUUUCUAAUAGAGUAAUGUGGUCAGUUUACCACCCAUGAUGGAGACAUCUUGUCUAGUCAAUCUGAUAGGGGAGGUAAGAGAGAUUUUUAAAACUACAGAGAUGUUAAGUGACAUUUAGGUGAACCUCAGAGGAGGUUUGUGAAAUUAUCCCAUUCUAAAAACGAAAAUUACUUUUUUCAUAGGUGACUCAGUACACUUAAAUUCAAUACUAAGUGGAAAUUUCAAAUUUCUUUUAAAAAACCCUUUUUCUAGACUUUUACUCGGCCGGACCUUUACCGAGUCGGAUAUUAGUUCCUUUUCUUUACCUACCUUUUCUUUUUCUAUACUUUUAUUUUUGAAAAAGUCCACAAAAAAAUCAUUUUCAAAUUAGGUUAUUAGAUUUAUUUUUAUUUUCAUGUUUAGUUAAAAAAUGGGGUGCAACAUUAACCUAUUCUUAAUUCCGUCCUUGUAUAUACUAUAUGUUCAUUUGAACCAAAAUAAAAAUUGCACUUGAUUCAUGUACCAUAUUUACUAAAUGUACCAUAUUCAAAUGUACCCUAUUCUACAAGAUUGCAAGAUGAUCCUAUGACAUUAUUUUCAGCAUUAAAGUAGUGUGAAUUAGUUCUGAUCUAAUCGAAUCUUGUAGGCUGUUUUUUUUUUUGGGGAUCUAUGAGCUUUUUUCCCCAGCUAAUCUGUUCAACACUAAUUUUGAUUGGUUUUGGGUGUGACAAAGGCUUGAUGGAAUUGGAUGCAUGCAUCUCUUCUUCUAAAAACAAAAAUUCAUAUAUAACCAAUUAGAAUAAUGGCCUCUAGUGCAUGAACCACUAAAACUUAAAAGCAUAAAUAGGAGUGGUAAUAUACAUUUGCAUCCAAAGAAGGAAAGAACGGAAGAUGGGGAGCUGGAAACGAACUUGUUGGUAUGGAGAGGUUUUUCCUUUCACAGCCAUGGUUACAAUGGAGUGCAUCAAUGUUGGUAUGAACACCAUCUUCAAAGCGGCCACAGUGAAGGGUCUGAACUAUCACGUUUUCAUGCUUUAUUCCUAUGGGAUAGCAGCUCUUCUUCUCCUCCCUCUUUGCUACUUCUUCCACAGGAAUUCUCGGCUUCCUCCAUUUACCUUUGGCCUCCUUGCUAGAUUUUUCUCCCUCGGGCUUCUUGGCUUUGUAGCUCAAUAUCUUGGAAAUACAGGAAUCGAGUAUAGUACACCAACAUUGGCUUCUGCCAUGAGCAAUAUUGCACCGGCUUCCACAUUUGUCCUGGCCGUCCUCUUCAGGAUGGAAAAGCUAGAAAUGAAGAGCUUGAGUAGCCAAGUUAAGAUAAUAGGGUGUGCAAUAACGAUUGCAGGAGCCCUUGUGGUGGUUCUGUACAAAGGCCCAGUGCUACUAAGGAGCCCUGCAUCUUCAGCUUCUGUUUUUGCACAGGCAGCACUAGUUACACUCACCACUGGCACCAAACAGUCAAAUUGGGUCAAAGGGGGUGCCAUCCUCGCUGCUGAAUAUGUAGUAGCCUCCCUUUGGUAUAUUUAUCAGGCCAAGGCUAUUGGGGAGUACCCAGCAGAACUGGUUGUGGUCUUCUUCUACAACUUAUCAUGUAUGAUCAUAGCAGCACCCAUUUGUUUAAUCGAGGUACCAAUUUCAAGUGCUUGGAAUAUAUUCAAACUGGAUGUGCAGUUGUACGCGGUUUUGUAUGCGGGAGUAUUGGGGACAGGCUUCGUUAUUCUUGUUCAUACUUGGUGCUUACAUGUAAAAGGACCUGUAUAUGUAGCUUCAUUUAGGCCAUUAUCAAUUGCCAUUGCUGCAAUUCUGGGCUUCAUUUUUCUUGGCGAUAAUCUCUACCUCGGAAGCGUGAUCGGAUCAUUGAUCAUAUCGUUUGGGUUUUAUGUUCUAAUAUGGGCAAAAGCACAAGAAGCUAGUGGAGACAAAUCACAAAGUGGUACUAUUUUUAGGGAAUCUUCCAGCAGAAAUGCUCCAUUGCUAGACGAAUAUGAUGAUUCAACAGAUGAAGGACAUGCGACUACCACUGCUUGAAUAAUCAAACACAUUUAUUUUUUGAACUAGUGAUAUACUCCCACCUUUUACCUUGUUCAGCGAUUUCUUGGGAUAAAAUUUUUUUUUUUCUUGAGAUGUUGGAUACUUGUUUAGAUAGCAUUUGUGCAUCUUCCACGACAUAUUGAAGCUGUUCUAUGGAUACAAGUUGUAUGUUCUCCACAAAAGUAUUCCAUGGCAAAAUAAUCUUUUGGCUUUGUAUGGUCUCACACUUCUAGUUGGAUCAUUUUUUGUUUGGUGAC